AAGAAGCGCCAGAGUCUGCGCAAAACGAACACGUCUAGUGGUCGCGCUGCUUGUGCUGUCACGAGCCUUGUCCAAGGCUACCGAGUAGCGAAUUGACAUAAAUUAUUGACGACAUCGAAUUCUCUUCGUUUAGCCAUCAGACACACGUCAUUAUUGGUAUAGAUACAUCGUGGAAAUACGAUUGUGUGCUGACUGAUCACGGUCAACUGGUGAUGUUUUCCAACAUUUGAUAUAGCUAGCUAGCCAGCUAACGUAGCUGUUUAGCUAGCUUGCCGUGCGUGACUCACUGACAGUCAAAGAUCAGACCGAGUCGCUAUUUUUUGGUAUUCUGCUUUUACUCUGAUACCUGUAUAUAUACAUUUAAUACAUUUAGCGGGUAAAUAUAGUUAGUUACAACUGAGUGUACUUUAACGGUCAUUUGGUCGUGAACGAAGGGAAGGUUUGAAUGAAUUUGCUAGCCAGCGGAAACGUCGGCUAGUUAACACGGAUACAUUUGGAGUAACCAAUACUGCUAGCCUGCUGAGUUGAUCCACGGCACGGCCAUCCAAACUAGCUAAUCUACAUAGCUAGCAAAUGUGCUAGCAAGCUAUUAUAAACGUGCUGUCUUUGGUAAAACGCCAAGGAAAGAAACUGUUGAGUUGGUUAGCUGGCUAACUAGCUAGGAAACAAGGUAACAUACACUGUACUGAUAGCUGACCGUCGUCAAUUCAUUUUCUACGAGAAAGGCCGGAGUGAGGACAGAGAAACGAGUAAAAAUGCCGGCUGUGUCGAAGGGAGAUGGGAUGCGCGGAUUAGCGGUGUUCAUUUCGGACAUACGGAAUUGCAAGAGCAAGGAGGCGGAGAUCAAGCGGAUCAAUAAGGAGCUGGCCAACAUCCGCUCCAAGUUCAAGGGGGACAAGGCACUGGAUGGCUAUAGUAAGAAGAAGUAUGUCUGCAAGCUGCUCUUCAUCUUCCUGCUGGGACAUGACAUCGAUUUUGGACACAUGGAGGCUGUCAACCUGCUCAGCUCCAACAAGUACACAGAGAAACAGAUCGGCUACCUGUUCAUCUCGGUGCUGGUGAACAGCAACAGCGAGCUGAUCCGCCUCAUCAACAACGCCAUCAAGAACGACCUGUCUAGCCGCAACCCCACCUUCAUGUGCCUGGCCCUGCACUGCAUCGCCAACGUGGGCAGCCGUGAGAUGGCCGAGGCCUUUGCUGGAGAGAUCCCACGCAUUCUGGUGGCCGGGGACACCAUGGACAGUGUGAAGCAGUCUGCUGCCCUGUGUCUUCUGCGUCUGUACAAGGCCUCCCCAGACCUGGUUCUGAUGGGGGAGUGGACCUCCCGAGUGGUGCACCUCCUCAACGACCAGCACAUGGGUGUUGUCACGGCAGCCAUCUCCCUCAUCACCUGUCUCAGCUCGAAGAACCCUGAUGAGUUCAAAACCUGUGUGUCCCUGGCUGUUUCUCGUCUGAGCAGGAUUGUGUCUUCAGCCUCCACUGACCUGCAGGACUACACCUACUACUUUGUCCCGGCCCCGUGGCUGUCCUGUAAACUGCUGCGCCUGCUGCAGUGCUACCCCCCACCAGAGGAUGGCGCCGUGAAGGGCCGCUUGGUGGAGUGUCUGGAGACCAUCCUGAACAAGGCCCAGGAACCACCCAAGUCCAAAAAGGUUCAGCACUCCAACGCCAAGAACGCCAUCCUGUUCGAGGCCAUCUCACUCAUCAUCCACUACGACAGUGAGCCCAACCUGCUGGUGCGUGCCUGUAACCAGCUGGGUCAGUUUCUGCAGCACAGAGAAACCAACCUGCGCUACCUGGCUCUGGAGAGCAUGUGUACCCUGGCCAGCUCCGAGUUCUCCCAUGAGGCCGUCAAGACCCACAUCGAGACCGUCAUCAACGCACUCAAGACUGAAAGGGAUGUGAGUGUUCGCCAGAGGGCUGCUGACCUGCUCUACGCCAUGUGUGACCGUAGCAACGCCAAGCAGAUAGUUGCCGAGAUGCUCAGCUACCUGGAGACAGCCGACUACUCCAUCAGAGAGGAGAUGGUGUUGAAGGUGGCCAUCCUGGCUGAGAAGUAUGCGGUGGACUACUCAUGGUAUGUUGACACCAUCCUUAACCUCAUCCGCAUUGCCGGGGACUACGUCAGUGAGGAGGUGUGGUACCGCGUCAUCCAGAUUGUCAUCAACCGCGACGAUGUGCAGGGCUACGCCGCCAAGACCGUCUUCGAGGCUCUACAGGCCCCAGCCUGUCAUGAGAACAUGGUGAAGGUGGGGGGGUACAUCCUGGGAGAGUUUGGAAACCUCAUUGCCGGGGACCCCCGCUCCAGCCCUCUGGUCCAGUUCAACCUGCUCCACUCUAAGUUCCACCUGUGUUCGGUGCCCACGCGCGCCCUGCUGCUCUCCGCCUACAUCAAGUUCAUCAACCUGUUCCCCGAGACCAAGGCCACGAUCCAGGAGGUGCUUCGCUCCGACAGCCAGAUCAGGAACUCUGACGUGGAGCUGCAGCAAAGGGCCGUGGAGUAUCUCAAGCUCUCCUCCAUCGCCAGCACCGACGUCCUGGCUACUGUGCUGGAGGAGAUGCCUCCCUUCCCAGAGAGGGAGUCAUCCAUCUUGGCCAAGCUGAAGAAGAAGAAGGGUCCUGGUGCCGUGUCGGUAGAGCUGGAGGACGGCAAGGAGAGAGGAGAGCUCAACGGUGGAGGGGACAGGGGGAGUGACGCUGCCAUCGCAGCCUCUAACGCUUCCACCCCAUCCCCUUCAGCGGAUUUGCUUGGCCUUCGUUCGGCCGCUCCCGUUAGUGGGGCCGCUCCCAGUGCAGGCAGCCUAUUGGUUGAUGUGUUUUCAGAGGCUGGGCCUGCUGCCUCCUCUGCCGGCGUGAACGACGACGGCUUCCUGAGCGCUCUUCACGCUCCCGAGGCCUCUGACUCCCCAUUGGUGGAGGGUCCUGGUGACUCGGACUCUGCUCCCCCUUCUGCGGCCUCUGAGGAUCCUGCCCCUCCUCUGCCCGAGUCAGACGAGCUUCUCAACAAAUUUGUGUGUAAGAACAACGGUGUGUUGUUUGAGAACCAGCUGCUUCAGAUCGGCAUCAAGUCUGAGUACCGCCAGAACCUGGGGAGGAUGUAUCUGUUCUAUGGCAAUAAGACCUCGGUGCAGUUUGUCAGCUUUAGCACCACAGUCAGCUGCCCAGGGGAGCUGCAGUCUCAGCUCAACGUGCAGACCAAAACAGUGGAACCCCUAGUGGAGGGAGGAGCACAGGUGCAGCAGGUCAUCAACAUCGAGUGUCUGACUGACUUUAUUGAUGCUCCGCUGCUCAACAUCAAGUUCAGGUAUGGGGGAGCCCUGCAGAACAUUUCUCUCAAGCUGCCUGUCACCAUCAACAAGUUCUUCCAACCCACAGAGAUGGCCGCCGCAGACUUCUUCCAGCGCUGGAAACAACUCAGCCAGCCCCAGCAAGAAGCACAAAAGAUCUUCAAGGCCAGCCAUGGCAUGGACACAGAAGUGCUCAAGGCCAAGUUGCUGGGCCUGGGGACAGCCCUGUUGGAGAAUGUGGAUCCUAACCCAGAGAACUAUGUGUGUGCCGGAGUCAUCCAGACCAAGGCCCAACAGGUCGGCUGCCUGCUGAGACUGGAACCCAAUGCGCAGGCCCAGAUGUACCGGCUGACUCUGCGCAGCAGCAAGGACACUGUCUCCCAGCGUGUCUGUGACCUCCUGGCAGAACAGUUCUAAAACCCUGAGUCUAGAACCCACCCAACGCGACCCAGGCCAUCAUCAUCAUCACGCUCUAGACACCCAACACACCGAGACUAGCGUUUCAACUCCCCCCACCCACUUCAUCCCCCCCCCCCACUCCCCGAUCCUGAGGUUGCCAAGAACAAAGAAUCAACGAGAAGGAAAAAUACCUACAUAAGGGGGGGGGGGAGCAGUCGUUGCCACUUACACGACUGCCCAAUCAUUGACAUUUAUUAUUAUUGUCACGAUUAUAAUUCUGAUUCUUAUUAUUAUUACUGUUUAUUAUCAUCGGCGCUACAAUUCUUUUUUCUUCUUCUGUGUUUACCUGUGAACGUAAGUGUAUGACUGUGUGUGUUUCAGAAUCGUGCUGGUGUGUGUGUCCUGUUUUUCUCCGUCCUGUCUAUUUAAGCCCCGACUGCUCAUGGAUGACAGCUGGUGUGUGUCCGUGCGUGUGUGAUGCAUGGGGAAGGGUGGGAAAUUCUGUGCAUCGAUUCCGCGACAUUUCAACCUUAGACUAUUCCUAGGAGUUGCAUGGGAGGACCAGUUCUACAUACACAUACACACACACGCAUUCAUGUGUAAUACACACCCAGAUACUCUCACAUGUAGGCACAUACAUGCGUAUAUUUGUACAUGCUUAAGUGUCUGUGUAAAGUAUCUGAAUAGGGUCCUCCUUUAGUGGGAGGGAGGGGUAAAACGAAAUCACUAAAGAAAUGUGACUCUUCUAAACCCCCACCUUCACCUUAACCCCAUCUCUUCUCCACCCUCUGCUGUCCCAGACCCCCACCGGUUAUACAUCCCAAGGGCCUCUCAGUAUAAUCCCUGAGAUAUAAUAUUCCAUAAAAUAAUUCCGGCACAUUCCCAAGUCUACAGUUCCCGCUUUAUUCCAGUGGAAAUGGCCAGUGCACUUUAGGUGGUUCCAAGAGACCUCAGUCCAUCAAUACCCCUCACACUUACCCCAUCUUUCUGGCUUGUAACCAUACUUUAUAUAUAAACUCAAAUGAUUCUGUACCUGUUUGUGGAAUAUAUAUAUACUUUAUAUAUAUACUUAUCUAUAUAUAUAUAUAUAUAAAGUGUAAUGAAUUACCCCUUUUUAUCUUUUUUUUUAUUGUCUCAUCUUUCCUUUUAUUAGUAGUGGAGUUAUUGAAGUUUUUGUAUGUUUCUUUAAUGGUGUAAUGUUGUGUUGCUUCUGUUUGUGUGUGUGUGUGUGUGUGUGUGUGUGUGUGUGUAUGUGAAAGGUAGUGUGAGAAAGUAGGGCCAGCAGUGUGUACCCCGAGAAUAGGGUAAAGGGUCAGCUAAAAGGAGAGCGAGAUGGAAGGAGAGUAGCAGGGUAGCUGGUCUUGUUUACAAUGUUAAUCAGACAGCGAUGAGGUUGAUACUUGACUUAAACCUGUCAUAAAUCCUACUUACCACCACAGUCAGUAUGACAACAGAUAAGGAAUUAUAAGAUGUCGUUAAAACUGUUUAUUUCAGAUUAGCAAUGUUUUUUGACACUUGAGGCAGGGAACAUUGGUUGAGAGCUGACAUGGGGUGUUUUACGAUGGCUUAUGAAAUGUUUAUGUCGUGCAUAAGUAAGCAUUGGGCAAGCCCCAUUGAUGGGGAGUUAGAGGGCAGUGGGCCAGUCCGUGUUCACAUGAAGAGUGAAGCGGCAGAGCAGAGGCCUAGUAUUCGUUAUUUUUUAUUUUUCCGUGUUGAAAAGAGGGAUGGGAUUGGAGUGCUGCUUGAUACUGGGAUUGACUGAAAAAAAGAGGAGUACCUCAGAACUUGAUCUCUAAACACGCACAGGCUUGUGUACACACACAUCACAAAUACUUAACUUGUGGUAUUACUUGGGAGAAGAUUGCAAUCUGCAGAUAGAUUGAUUCUAAUCUUUGAAAACACAACCAACAACAAAGGCACUAGACAGCACUUAUCUGUAAACUCACAUUUCAGACACACGCACCCACAUGUCCAUUCUUAGAGAUGAGAGGGAGGAGGAGAGAACUCAAAAGACCAACUGUCAAUCACAACUACCGGGAUCGAGUCAUCAGGGGUGGGCAUUGCGUGUGUGUGUGUUUGAGUGUGUCGGUGUACCACGUGAUAAAAAUAUCCUAAAUUAUCUUUGAGACAUGGUCAUAUUAGUUUCAGCAGGAGUCACUUAUACGUCUAACCCAUGCAGCAUUGGUGGAACAGUCUGAUCAUUGUAGUGGAAACUGUAGAAUCAUUGUGUGUGUGUGUGUGUGUGUGUGCACGUCUAUGCAGUAUCCGCUAGCUAAUGCAGCCCCGUGUAUCGGUGUUAAACCUGUGAGAUACCUGUGUUAGAUUUAAGAUUUACUCUGUACUGAAUAAUGUGAAAGUAAAACUAUGCCAUAUACUCUA